AAGGUGCUAUUUAAAUAAACUUGCCUUGCCCCGCCUUUACAUAAUGCAACCGUUUAGUAGGUAGUUCAAAACACGAGGCAGGACCUCAUUCAUUUAUUUUCGUUCAUUUACUCCUGACCUACAAUGAAUGCUGAGGCUAAGAGGGCUAAGGCUGAGGCUGAAAAGAAGAGAGAAGAACGUUUUUUGGAGGUGACAAAGGAUUUCAGAAGAAAUGCUUUGCUGAUUAUCCAAAAAAUGAUGAAGCUGAACGUCUCCAGUGAUAAUCAAACUAGACAGUUCGUAGAUGAGAUUCUUCACAGCAUCUUCUUUUUGGGAAAGAUCAACGAACCAACAAUUUCACCGGAAAGGAUUGUGAAUGACAGCGAGAUGUACGAUAGGAUGAAGCUCGACUACCCUCUGCCUUUUGAACGUUAUUCCUCUCAAAUACCCAGGCGGAGUCCAUUCUCAUGUCUGCUCGACAUGAUUGUUUUCCUGGAAGGACGAGAGAACGAAAAUGAAAUAAAACAAAAGCUUCAAGAGAUCAUCAGAGAUCUCAAACUUCAUAAGGGGGCUCCUCUGGUCUCCUCCACCAUCUGCGUCUCUCAGAAGAACCCAAACUCAGCCAGGUACUACGGGGUCUCCAUGUCCACUUCUGGCAAGGUUUCUAGGGAAAUCAUGAUUGCUGCGUCUUGUCUUCCUGAUAACUGGGACAGUCAUGUUGCUGGUGCAGUGAUGAGUUUCAAUCAAGAUAUGAACAAGAAGCCAUAUUUUGAUGGUACCUUCAAACUGCCUGAGCAUGUAACGUGCAAGGCGUAUAGCCUCCACGGGGAAGGAGCACCAAUGCAACCUUGCAAAUCAUGUGUGGAGUUGUUUGGUUUGGAAGGAAACGGCACGACGGGGUAUGCCCAUGGCAACUGUGCUGAGGUUGAAAGUGUGAGCAACUUGUUUAAAAAUGAUGCAGGAGUUAAGGAGCUGUGCACACCUGAACACAGGAGAAAGGCGGAGGAAAGUGUCAGGGAAGAUCUCAAGAUUUUGCUGAAAACAUCUAAAUUAACAGGUGAUUAUCACUUCUACACCCCCUCAGAGUAAAUGAAGGGGGGAAAUAUUGGACAUUAAAUAUUGAUAAGUCUAUUUAGCAUGGUCUUUUAAUAUUUAGUGACAUGACAGAUAUCUUAUUCACAAAUACUUAACCUUCAAACAAAUUAUCUCAUUUGAAUCCUCUUGUGUAAUUCCUGUUCUUCAAUCAAAUACAUCAUGCUUUAUCUUUGCUACUUGUUAUGUGUAACAGUAAAUAUAUAAAUGCAAAUGUUUGUCAACUGUCUGAAUGAAGCAUGCAGACAAUGAUGUGUUGAUCAUGUUGUUAACAAUAAAUUCUAAUAACGUAAACUAA